AUCUCGGACAGGUUUGAUACUGACUUGUUUAGGGUUCUGCCUGGGGAUUACCUUUGCUGUGGAUAGAAGCAACUUUAAGACCUGCGAAGAGAGUUCUUUCUGCAAGCGGCAGCGAAGCAUAAGGCCAGGCCUCUCUCCAUACCGAGCCUUGCUGGACUCUCUGCAGCUUGGUCCUGAUGCUCUGACAGUCCACCUGAUCCAUGAGGUCACCAAGGUUUUGCUGGUGCUGGAGCUCCAGGGGCUUCAAAAGAACAUGACACGGAUCAGGAUUGAUGAGCUGGAGUCCCGGAGGCCCCGAUACCGUGUGCCAGAUGUUCUGGUGGCUGAUCCCCCCACUGCUCGGCUUUCUGUCUCUGGCCGUGACGACAACAGUGUGGAACUUACUGUCGGUGAGGGGCCCUACAAAAUCAUCUUGACUGCCCAGCCUUUUCGCCUUGACCUGCUAGAGGACCGCAGCCUUCUGCUUAGUGUCAAUGCCCGAGGACUCUUAGAUUUUGAGCAUCAGAGGGCUCCUAGGGUCUCUUUCUCGGAUAAAGUUAGUCUGUCGCUCGGUAGCAUAUGGGAUAAGAUCAAGAACCUUUUCUCUAGGCAAGGAUCAAAAGACCCAGCUGAGGGUGAUGGGUCCCAGUCCGAGGAACCACCUGGGGACGGUGACAAGCCAGAGGAGAGCCAGGGGAAGGCAGAGAAAGAUGAGCCGGGAGCCUGGGAGGAGACAUUCAAAACUCACUCUGACAGCAAGCCAUAUGGCCCCACGUCUGUGGGUUUGGACUUCUCUCUGCCAGGCAUGGAACAUGUGUAUGGGAUCCCUGAGCAUGCAGACAACCUGAGACUGAAAGUCACUGAGGGUGGGGAGCCAUAUCGUCUCUACAAUUUGGAUGUGUUCCAGUAUGAGCUGUACAACCCGAUGGCCCUGUAUGGGUCUGUGCCUGUGCUUUUGGCACACAACCCUCAUCGCGAUUUGGGCAUUUUCUGGCUCAAUGCCGCAGAGACCUGGGUUGACAUAUCCUCUAACACUGCAGGGAAGACUCUGUUUGGGAAGAUGCUGGACUACCUGCAGGGAUCUGGGGAAACCCCACAGACAGAUGUUCGCUGGAUGUCAGAGAGUGGCAUUAUCGAUGUUUUCCUGAUGCUGGGGCCCUCUGUUUCUGACGUCUUCCGGCAGUACGCUAGUCUCACAGGGACCCAGGCAUUGCCUCCGCUCUUCUCCCUUGGCUACCACCAGAGCCGCUGGAACUACCGGGAUGAGGCCGAUGUGCUAGAAGUGGAUCAAGGCUUUGAUGAUCACAACAUGCCCUGUGAUUUCAUCUGGCUGGACAUUGAACAUGCUGAUGGCAAGCGAUACUUCACUUGGGACCCUAGCCGCUUCCCUCAGCCCCUCAACAUGCUUGAGCACUUGGCCUCCAAGAGGCGGAAGCUGGUGGCCAUUGUGGACCCCCACAUCAAGGUGGAUGCUGGCUACCGAGUACAUGAAGAGCUGCGGAACCAGGGGCUAUAUGUUAAAACCCGGGAUGGCUCUGACUAUGAGGGCUGGUGCUGGCCAGGCUCAGCUAGUUACCCUGACUUCACUAAUCCCACGAUGAGGGCCUGGUGGGCUAACAUGUUCAACUAUGACAAUUAUGAGGGUUCAGCUCCCAACCUCUUUGUCUGGAAUGACAUGAACGAACCAUCUGUGUUCAAUGGUCCUGAGGUCACCAUGCUCAAGGAUGCCCAGCAUUAUGGGGGCUGGGAGCACCGGGACAUUCACAACAUCUAUGGCCUCUAUGUGCACAUGGCGACGGCUGAUGGGCUGAUACUGCGCUCUGGGGGUAUAGAACGCCCUUUUGUCCUGAGCAGGGCUUUCUUCGCUGGCUCCCAGCGAUUUGGAGCUGUGUGGACAGGAGACAACACUGCUGAAUGGGACCAUUUGAAGAUCUCUAUCCCUAUGUGUCUCAGCAUGGGGCUGGUGGGACUUUCCUUUUGUGGGGCGGAUGUGGGUGGCUUCUUCAAAAACCCGGAUCCAGAGCUGCUUGUGCGCUGGUACCAGAUGGGUGCCUAUCAGCCAUUCUUCCGGGCACAUGCACACUUGGACACUGGGCGGCGAGAGCCAUGGCUCUUACAGUCUCAGUACCAUGACAUAAUCCGAGAUGCCUUGCAUCAGCGAUAUUCCUUGCUGCCCUUCUGGUACACCCUCUUCUAUCAGGCUCAUCGUGAAGGGGUUCCUGUCAUGAGGCCUCUGUGGGUGCAGUAUCCUCAAGAUGUGACCACCUUCAGUAUAGAUGAUCAGUUCUUACUUGGGGAUGCAUUGCUGGUUCACCCUGUAUCAGACUCUGGAGCCCAUGGCGUGCAAAUCUAUCUGCCUGGUCAAGGGGAGGUAUGGUACGACAUUCAAAGCUAUCAGAAAUAUCAUGGUCCCCAGACCCUGUACCUGCCUGUAACUCUAAGCAGUAUCCCUGUGUUCCAACGUGGAGGGACAGUCGUGCCUCGAUGGAUGCGCGUGCGGCGUUCUUCAGACUGUAUGAAGAAUGACCCUAUCACUCUCUUUGUUGCACUCAGCCCCCAGGGUACAGCCCAAGGAGAGCUCUUUUUGGAUGAUGGGCACACAUUCAACUAUCAGACUCGCCAUGAGUUCCUGCUGCGUCGAUUCUCAUUCUCUGGAAACACCCUUGUCUCUAGCUCAGCAGAUCCCAAAGGCCACUUUGAGACACCAGUGUGGAUUGAGCGAGUGGUAAUAAUAGGGGCUGGAAAGCCAGCAUCUGUGGUACUCCAGACGAAAGGAUCUCCUGAAAGCCGUCUGUCCUUCCAGCAUGACCCUGAGACCUCUGUGUUGAUCCUGCGCAAACCUGGCGUCAACGUGGCAUCUGACUGGAGUAUUCACCUGCGAUAACCCAAGGGAUAUUAGGGUUGAGGGGAGGGUCGGAGUGGUGGUGAGCGUUAUUC